CCAACAUGUGGCUGAAACCCGAGGAGGUGCUGCUGAAGAACGCGCUGAAGCUGUGGCUGACGGAGAAAGACCACAAGUACUUCGUCUUGCAGCGGCGCAGGGGCUACGGCGAAGGAGGCGGCGGACUAACGGGCCUCCUUGUUGGAACACUUGACACUGUGUUUGAUUCAACUUCCAAAGUAGCUCCAUAUCGCAUUCUACACCAGAUACCAGAAUCCCAAAUCUAUUGGUCCAUAGCUUGUGGAGUCAGUAGUGAAGAAAUAAACAAACAUUGGGAAUGGCUGGAACAAAAUGUGAUGCAGAUACUUUCUGUAUUCGAUAGUAAUGAGGAUAUUACCAGCUUCGUUCAGGGUAAAGUACGGGGGCUAAUAGCAGAGGAAUCUCAAAACACAUCCAUAAAGGAGGAGGAUGAUCCUGAGAAGUUUCGUGAGGCCUUGUUGAAGUUUGAUAAAUGGUUUGGACUGCCUGAGCAAGAGAAGCUGGUGACCUACUAUUCAUGCAGCUACUGGAGUGGAAGGGUGCCAUGUCAAGGCUGGCUAUACCUCAGUGCCAAUUUUCUCAGUUUCUAUUCCUUUUUCCUCGGCAAGGAAGUUAAGAUUAUUAUUUCCUGGGAUGAAAUAUCAAGACUGGCAAAGACGACAAGUGUCAUCCUUUCUGAGAGCAUACACAUUUGCAGUCACGGAGAAGACUAUUACUUUACAAUGUUCAUGCAUUUAAAUGAAACAUUUCUGCUGAUGGAACAGCUUGCAGAUUAUGCUGUAAAGAGAUUAUUUGACAAAGAAACAUUUCAAAUGGAUUUAUUGUUCAGCGACCAUUUACAAAUAACAAAAAGAGUUUUGGAGAAUCGAGCAAGGACUGAAUAUUUCACUGCACUCUUUAGGCUUCCUAGGGAAGAAAGUCUGGAUGACAUACUUGAUUGUUUUCUUUGGAUCCCUUUUUGCCACGCUCAUGCAUUUGGGAAAAUGUUUAUUUCAGAUAAUUACAUCUGCUUCCGUAGCCAAGAUGCAAAUCAUUGUCAUGUAAUCAUUCCAAUGCGGGAGGUCACUGGUAUGGAAACAUCAGACAACUCUGGCAAGCAUAUCUGCUUCAGCACCAGGUGCAAAAUAACUUUGCGCUUCACUGACAUUAAGGAAAGUGAUGGCCUCGCACAGAAACUGGGAGGGAAGCUGAAGUGUGGCACACGUGGAAGUACACAACGCACUUUGGGAAAGAAAGAGGAAUCGUAUCAGAAAAGCACUCAGGGAGAUGACACUUUAAUUGGGCACAGUGACUCUUUACUUUCAUUAACUGGUGAACAACAUAGUGCAUUGCUUAAAGAAAGCAAUAAAACUGUGAAUACUGAAGCACUAAUGAGAGUCUUUCAUCCACAAGAUGCAGAAAAUCUGGAUUCAAAAAUGUUGAAAGAAAAGAUGAAAGUGCAAUCGUGGAACAUUCAUUUUGUGGAGUAUGGUCAUGGAGUCUGUAUGUUUCGUACAAAAAAGACCAGGGACCUUGUAAUGAGAGGAAUCCCAGAAGCCUUAAGAGGAGAACUUUGGCUAUUGUUUUCAGGUGCAAAUAAUGACAUGGCUGCUCACCCUGGCUAUUAUACCGAAUUGGUGGAAAGGUCCAUGGGCACUUGUACUCUGGCUACAGAUGAGAUAGAACGUGAUCUGCAUCGCUCACUACCUGAACAUCCUGCAUUCCAAAGCGAUACAGGAAUCUCUGCGCUUAGACGAGUUCUCACAGCCUAUGCUUCACGGAACCCCAAAAUAGGCUACUGCCAGGCGAUGAAUAUUUUGACAUCUGUUUUACUACUUUAUGCAAAAGAAGAAGAAGCCUUCUGGUUACUGGUUGCUGUGUGUGAAAGGAUGUUGCCAGAUUAUUUCAAUCGACGAAUAAUUGGAGCUCUGGUGGACCAGGCAGUGUUUGAAGAAUUUAUCCGAAGCCACCUUCCUCAGUUGACUGACCACAUCACGGACAUGACUUUUUUUUCAUCCGUUUCCCUGUCCUGGUUCCUCACCAUCUUCAUUUCUGUGCUGCCCAUCGAGAGCGCAGUAAAUGUUGUGGACUGUUUUUUCUACGAUGGGAUCAAGGCGAUCCUGCAGCUGGGCCUGGCAAUACUGGACUACAACCUGGACAAGCUGCUGCUCUGCAAAGAUGAUGCUGAGGCAGUCACCAUUUUAAACAAAUUUUUUGAUAAUGUCACCAACAAGGACAGCCCUUUGCCACCAAUGGUGCACCAUCCCCCUGUAGGUUGUGACAACCAGCCUCCCCAUCCCAAAGUGGACAUAACUGAACUUAUCCACGAAUCCAACGAGAAAUAUGGUGAGAUUCAAUCGAUGGAAGUUGAAAGUAUGCGACGUAGGAACAGGUUGUAUGUGAUUCAGACUCUGGAAGACACCACAAAACAAAAUGUGCUGCGGGUUGUAUCUCAGGAAGUGAUGUUCCACACUAAAGAUUUGGAAGACCUCUUUGAACUAUUUAAGCGGGAGCAUUUCCUGAGUUGCUACUGGAUUCCACACAGUCCAGCGCUCAAACAUCACGACUCCAGUCUACCAUAUCUAGAGCAGUAUCAGAUCGACAGUAAGCAGUACUGCAGGCUGUUCAAGCACUUGAGUCCGUGGUCACAUUCUGCAAAUGUAGAUUCAUUAGCAAAGUGGAGUUUUCGGCUUCUGGAUGAAAAUUCUGAGAGUCUCAUCAAUUUCAAGGAAUUUGCGUCUGUCCUAGAUGUGAUGUACAAUGGAUCAUUUACAGACAAACUGAAAUUACUUUUUAAAUUACAUAUUCCGCCAGCCUUUACUGAAGACGAAGGGGUAAUUCCCUCCGCUUCAAAACACCCACAACUUUUUGAUGAAGCAGUGACUCGUGGGGAUGAGCUUAACGGAAGUAACAAAGGGAAAAUUAAUAUCCAGACAUAUUUGAAACAAUGGCAAGAUGAGCUGGUGCGGAAGGAAGAAAGUAUACGAGCCCUGCCGAGGAUAAAUCAGUCACAAUUUGUUCAGUUCUCCAAGACGCUAUAUAAUCUGUUCCACGGCGAUCCCAACGAGGAGGCCCUCUACAGAGCUAUAACCACCGUCACCAGCCUCUUGCUUCGCAUGGAGGAAGUGGGGAGAAUGUUGAACAGUCCAGGCUCCCCCAUCCGUGGUGCAUCAUUUGCAAGUCAAGGUUGCCAAAGCGGUGAUGACAUCCAGGAGAUCCAGACAGCGGACAAGUGCGAAGACACACCCCAGGAAUCUCAGACUGAUGUCGGAUGGACCUUUGCCUUUGAGCAGAUACUGGCAUCGCUGUUGAAUGAACCAGUUCUGGUUACGUUUUUUGAAAAGCCUUUUGACGUAAAGGUAAAAAUAGAACAAGUCAAGUCUGUUCAACUGAGGGCUAAAAAUCAGCCAAAGGUUUACGUAUGAGUCUCUUGUGACUUUAUGCCAUAUUUCUUUCUGUAUUGAUGGAACUAUGCAAUGCAAGCUCUGAAUCUUUCUGUUGGUGGACAAUGGGGAAAUGCCUCUAUGAUUUUUGCACGCCAUUUCUCUACUGUCUUGACUCAGGCUUCACCCCAAUAAUGAAUGCCUCUGCUAAAAUAGCAUGGAAAUUUGCACAGAUGAAAUUAGCAAUUAUUCUCAUAACGACUGUGAUUUCUAGGCUGCAGUUCUGCAAUGUAGGAAUCCUGAUUCCAUGUGUUGAUAAGUACAAGCAUUGACCACAAAACAUUUUUUGGCAUUGAACAAAUUAGUUUGUGUCCAUGACAUAGUGUAAGAGCGUGUCAGGUAAACCGUGUACGAAGUGAGAUGUUGAAUAGUGACAAAGACUUAAAGUCUUUAAAAUAACAUCACUGGACUUUAAAGUAACAUCACCUGUAGUAGAAUUUCUUGUCCUAUGCUUGUUCAUCUCAAUUUUGUGCUGCACUACUUUCGUUAGUCUGCAGAGGGCGCCCACAUGAUAUUUUUGGUCUUGGUUGGAGAAUAAGGUUGAAAGAAAUUACUGCCUUUAUAGUUUCAACAGUCACCAGACUGAAGGCACAUGCCUUUUUCUUAAUUGUACACAAGUGUUUGUUUUUUUAGUGACAUUAAAAAAGCAAACUGUUUAUAGCUCUAAAAAUUAUAUUAGAAAAGAGAAUCUUUAAAAACAAAUAGUCGUAUUUUUGAAGUAUGUUGCACACUUGUAAAAUUUUGAGAUUUAUUAAACUAUAUGAGCUGAGCUUUAAAAGGUUUAUAUGAAAUUGUAUAAGAAUUAGAGCUUUCAGUAUAUUUAACGAGAACUGAAACUAUUGAUCUGAUAAUUUUGAUGUUAGGAUAUUAAUUGCAAAAAUAUAAAAUUAUGAAGUUUCUAUACAUCACAGUUCAACUGGCUUGAAAUUUAAUAUUAGUCAUGAAAAUAUACUUUGGUUUAAUUGCUCUUCGGUCAAGAUAACGCAUUGCUCCUUUUUGAAGUAUAAAGGCAUAAUAUAUUCCAUGUAAAAGUUAAACAUUAUGAAGAUAACAGUUGCUGCUCAAACACACUGCUCUCAAAAUUAACCUCAAAUACUAAAAAUAAUUCUGCCAAACCUUUGCCACUUUAGGAUUUUUAAAAAAUAUAUAUAGAUUUGAAGGUAUAAAACAUUUUUGUGCCAAUUGUUAAGGUACUUGGUUUAUGUUGUAUGUAUAAAUUCUGUUCUCUACUUAUGCUGAAUCCUUGCUUUAAAUUCCUUUUCUUUCAUAUUGUAUAAAAGCCUCACUUCACAGAUAUGUUGAAAAAUAAAUAUUUUGAUUUCCAA